AUGAGCUACCUUCAAGAUACUUCUGGACCAAAGGAAUUAGGAAGCUGCACAGAUAUUCCCACCCUGCCAGGACAGUUUGGGGGACAUCUAAACCUAGAUGCAAAAGAGCAAUUCAUCCCGAAGCCCAGAGACCAAUCAAGAAGCUCUCAGCAUAGCGAUGCAGAGAGGAAAACAGUUAACAAAAGACGGCCUUUCAUAACUCGAGUACUCCACAGGGCCUUGGUGCCCCACCAGGACCAAGUUUCCCCAUCCCUGCCAAUAACUAAGAGAGGAAAACUCUUUGGAAAUGACCUCACUGUUGUUUGUGAUGAUGGAAAUCUUCCUAAAGCAAUUCUGGAUAUGCUCUCCCUUCUCAAUGAAAAAGGACCUGUCACUGAGGGUAUCUUCAGGAUAUCAGCCAAUCUAUCAGCAUGCCAAGCCCUGAAAGAAAAGCUGGAUGCUGGGAAAAAGGUGAACCUGAAAAAGGAAUGUGUGCUCGUUGUGGCAUCUGUCUUAAAGGAGUUUCUUCAUAAUAUCCAAGGAAGUGUGCUGACAUCUAGACUGUAUGAUAUGUGGCUUGGUGUCCUUGACCAAGGAAAUGAAGAGGAGAAACUAGCUGCAGUGCAGAGUCUUUUAGAGCAGCUGCCCUACCCAAAUGUCAUUCUCUUGAAAAAACUUUUCACCAUGUUAUACAACAUAGAAAGACAUUCUUCAGUUAAUCAGAUGACAGCUCACAGUUUAUCUGUUUGCAUGGCCCCAUGUAUCCUAUGUCUGCCUAGUUCCUGCAACUCUGGAUUAGCAACUGAUAUCUCCAAGGAGAUUUCCCUUGUAAAAUUUCUCAUCGAAAACAGUCUGAAAAUAUUUGGAGAAGACAUGGUUUUAUGUUAUUAUGCGAGCUCAGUGUCUUGUCCUGAUGUGGAGAAGGCGCCAUGUUCCCUAAACAAUAUAGCUUGCGUUGCCGAGACGAAGGACAAGGAAUAUCAAGACAACCACUCUCGAAGUGGGAGGACAUGCCCUACAGGCAACGAUUCAGAGCCCAUGAGACCAGCUGCUCUUCUUCACAAUGAGGAGCCUAUAGAUUCUGAGAAACCUGUCAAAAGAUCUUUUAUAAAACCAAUUAUUACCUGUGGCUCCAGUACCAGCCAUGACAAUGUGUGUAUAACCCCAUCCCCAGAAGUAUCAAACAAUGGACGGCUCCUUGGAAAGUCUCUCACCAGUCUCUGUAGGGAUGGUAAUCUGCCUGCUCCAAUUUUGGAUAUGCUUUCUAUCAUCGAUGAGAAAGGACCAGACACAGAGAGAAUAUUCAGAACAUUAGCUAAUAAAUCAUACUUCGCCUUAAAAGAAAAGCUUGAUUCUGGAAAGGAAAUAAACUUGAGAGAGGAAUCAGUUUAUGUUGUAGCAUCUGUCUUAAAGAAAUUUAUUAGGAAUAUCCAAGGAAGUUUACUUUGUUCUAAUCUGUAUGGAAAGUGGCUUGAUGUCCCUGAUCAAGAAUCCCAUGAUCAAAAGAUUUCUGCUAUCCAAAGUCUUUUAAUACAGAUGCCAGAACCAAAUGUACUCUUUUUGAGACAUCUUCUCAGUGUGCUACACAGGAUUAAAGGCUGCUCGUCCAUUAAUCACAUGGAUGCCUAUGCUUUAUCAGUUCUCAUCGCUCCAAAUAUGCUUUGGAAUCCUACUCCUUCCAGCUCAGCUUUCGGGAAUGACCUCUCAAAAAAGAAACGACUGCAGGAGGAGGGUGACAAGCAGAGUGUGGAUUGGCCAAAUAGGUUCUGGAAGGAGAACUUUUUCUCAGCGACUGAAUACUUGAAUCCCCAAGACUACAUUGAAUUUCUCUUGAUUAUUGCACUAAAAACCUUUUUUUUAAAACCUGUUUUAGCAGCAUUUGAAGGAAUUUUUUGGAUUUCUGCUUCUGUCUGGAAAUGA